AUGAGUUUCUCUCCUUACAAGCAGAAAAGGUUGCAGUGGAAAUUCUUGUUUACUGAUGAGUGCCAUGCAAACCUGGAUGGUCCAGAUGGAUGGAGUAGUGGACGGUUGGUGGAUGGCCACCAUGUCCCAAUAAGGCUGCGACGUCAGCAAGGAGGUGGAGGAGUCAUGUUUUGGUCUGGAAUCAUGGGGAGAGAGCUGGCACUUUGGAUUGGCAUUUGUCACCAUGUCUGCAACAUCCACACAUGGCAAAUUGGAAGCUGCCAACAUGGCGAUCUGGGAGAAGGGCUUGGGAAGCAGUGGAUCCAGAGAUAUUCCAAGUCUCACAAAGCAUUGGUGGACAUUGUUUUCAACAAGCGUUGGCUGAAGGAUGUCCACAAAUAUCUGCGUUUCAGAUCAACAGCAGACCUGGAGUCAUUCCAGAACCAUUUUCUGAUGUAUGCCAGCAAGCGCUAUGCUUUCACUCCCCCGGUUUAUGAGGCAAGAGUUUUGCUGGCAGCUCUUGACUACAAUUUCCACUGCAACAGACCAACAAGUACUACGUCCGAGGGCAAACAAAUAGUUUCAGAAGACUGUACAACAAACAUGCAAGACGAUACAGCUUGUACGCCCUGAAAUCUGAGAAAACCUACAAAUACAUCUUAGAACUGUAGGGGAAAAUUCUAA